AUGAAUGAGGAAGAGAUGGAUCGAUCUGUUUACUUCCUAAUCAUUUAUGGAUGUAUAGCAACGGCUAAUACAAUCUUCACCUGCAUAAGAGCUUUUCUCUUUGCCUAUGGUGGAAUCAAAGCGGCUAGAAAUCUUCAUGCGAAUCUUCUGCACAGACUUCUCAAGGCGUCAUCGUCUUGGUGGGAUCGGACUCCCUCUGGACGCGUUAUCAAUCGAAUUUGUUCUGAUGUAUACACUUGUGAUGAUAAUCUGCCGUUCCAGCUUAACAUUCUUCUUGCUUCUUUCUUCAAUCUCAUUGGUACGAUGGUAAUCACAAUUAUGGGUCUACCGCUCAUGACUCCAAUCAUUCUUCUCUUACUCACAAUUUACUACUUUAUUCAAAAAUAUUACAGAUUUGCUAAAGAAUUGCGGGAAAGGCUUACCGUCAAUCUAAGAGCGCAAUUCUCCUCAUUAGCUGCGAGUCAAUGGCUGUCAAUACGACUAUCGCUGAUUGCCGUCGGCAUUGUGGCUACAAUAGCUCUAUCAGCCGUGGCUCAACACCAGAUACUAGGAGUUGAUUCAGGUCUCGUCGCCCUGGCUAUCACUUAUGCUUUAUCCUUAACUAGUCUAUUGAACGGGUUAUUGGGAUCUUUUAUUGAAACCGAGAAGGAGAUGGUCGGCUCUCUAUAUGAAAAUCUUGCUGUUGGCUGUGAGCAUGCUAGCGAGGAUCAAGUAGCCACAAUCGCGAGGAAUGCACACCUUGGUAAGAUUUAUCGGAUUUCAAACUACUGGUUAUCUUUGAGGCGUGUAAAAUUGAUCUAG